UAAAUCGGCGGCGCGGCUGAUCAAAAUGAUGGUCAAUGGCGCAUGUUAGUAACAAGCCCAACGUCCCCCCCGCCAUAUUUGCGGACCAAAACACAAACACGUCUUCACUAUGCACUCUUCUCUUCAUUUAUUGAUUCGAUUUGAUUCCCGGAUUUAUCCAAACCCUGUCGAAUACUCCGACUCUUCUUUUGUUCUAUCUUUCCGAUUACGUAACAAAAUAAUUUUCUCAGCUCACAAAUUUAUAGAAAAAUGCGAAUUCUGCGGUCUCGGAGCUUCGCAAUGAACAGAAACUUUCUUAGUCCGAAUUCAAUGGCUGUGGGGCUGAGAGGCAUCGUUACCAGCUGCAGAGCCGUGGUGUUACCGCGCUUUGGUGGCCCGGAGGUGCUUGAGCUCCUGCCCAACGUCGAAGUCCCCGAUCUCAAGCCCAGUGAAGUCCUCGUCCGCACUCGUGCCGUCUCCAUUAACCCCCUCGAUACCAGAAUGCGAUCUGGUUAUGGUCGUUCCAUAUUCGAACCACAUCUACCUCUCAUUUUGGGGCGUGAUAUUAGUGGUGAAGUUGCAGCGCUUGGAGCUUCAGUUCGGUCACUGAGUGUUGGGCAAGAAGUUUUCGGGGCAUUGCAUCCUACUGCCAUUAGGGGUACUUAUGCUGACUAUGCUAUUCUUUCUGAAGAUGAGCUUGCUCCCAAACCCGUUGGAGUUACACAUGUGGAGGCAAGCGCCAUUCCUUUUGCUGCACUGACAGCAUGGCGUGGUUUAAAAGGUACUGCUAGGAUAAGCGAGGGGCAAAGACUAUUAGUUGUGGGUGGUGGAGGAGCAGUAGGGUUUGCUGCAAUUCAGCUUUCAGUGGCUGCAGGGUGCCAUGUUACAACUACAUGUGGAAGUCAAAGUAUUGGUCGAUUAUUGGCGGCCGGUGCUGAGCAGGCAGUUGACUACACUGCUGAGGACCUUGAAUCGGCAAUAAAAGGGAAGUUUGAUGCUGUUUUGGACACUAUUGGUGUAUCAGAAACGGAAAGAAUAAGCAUCAACUUCUUGAAGAGAGGUGGACACUAUAUGACACUUCAGGGUGAGGCUGCAGCUUUGGCUGAUAGGUAUGGGCUAGCUGUUGGGCUUCCUUUAGCUACGGCUGUCUUACUGAAGAAACAAAUUCAAUACCGUUAUUCUCAUGGAAUAGAAUAUUGGUGGACUUACAUGAGGGCUGACUCAGAAGGUUUAGAUGAGAUACGCAGGCUCUCUGAAGCUGGGAAGCUGAAAAUGCCCGUGGAAAAAACGUUUCCCAUCACACAGGUGGGAGAAGCUCACAAGGCCAAAGACAAGAGGCACAUUCCCGGUACAAAAGAGGUCUAAAAGAUAAUCUUGAAAUUGAAGAAACGCUGGUGGACUGUGGGACUGCAGCAAGGCAAUCAUGCCAGCCAUAUCCCAGGUGCCUUCGUUUGUGUUCAAUUAGAGUAAGUUGGAUUUUCUGUUUGCCUUCAACCCCAACUUUUCAUUCCUUGCUUUCUUUGCCCUGAUCUUGCCCAAGCACUACCCUACCACCACGUCCAGCACCACCUAACGGCAGCCUUUCUGAACCAGAUAGUAGUACGAAAUUUUUUUAUUUGUCCCUACAAAAAUUUUACACCAAAUAAUGCAAAGAACUUUCGAUUAUAAUCAUGGAAGUAGGAGAGAAAAACCAUGUAGGGAGUAAAACUAAUCGAGGAUGAGAAAAGCAGAGCGCAUGCAUGGUCUCUGCACUGGCUCGAACCCCAGCAUCUUGAAGUGUUGUCCUUCUUUAACAGUAACACUGCACUAAAAAAGAAAAUACAAUUAAUGGUUGUUUCGUCAGGGAUCAGUUGCUUUCUAUGGUCUGGCUGGUCUGGUCAGCUUGGGGUAUUAAUUGUGGUCAAACUCAUCCCUUCAGGAGCAUUCUUUUACUUACGGGUCCAGCUUGUAAGGAGUUGUGAGCUGUUUCUGUGCAUUAGCAUUAGCUUAGGCUUUAUACAUGUACUUCGGUGUAAAUUUGCACCAAAUUCAGUUUCCGCACAGCCCGUCUACACAGUGAAAAGCGGCCAUGGACCACCUAAUCUUGAAGCACAUGCAAAGUGGGUGAUUUUCCGCUCAAAAAAAAAAAAAAAAAAGUGGGUGAGUCACCA